AUGAAGGCAACGGGCACCUUAGUGCUUCUCAGCCUGCUGCUUCUGUCUUUCUUCUCGGAUGUAGCAGCUCAAGACAUUGAAGAGAUUUGUAAAGAGUUUCUAAACAGGAGCGUGUACUGCACGAGGGAGUCCAACCCUCACUGUGGCACGGAUGGCGUAACGUACGGGAACAAGUGUGCCUUCUGCAAGGCAGUUCUGAGGAGUGGAGGGAAAAUAAGAUUGAAGCACAUGGGGAAAUGCUGAGUCCUCACCAUCUCCGAGCACCGAACGCUGAUCCCCCAUCAGCAGUGGUCGCAGGCACCGGUACCUGGGCAUGGCAGCAGCUUGUCCUUGUCUCCACUGUCUCUGCUCAAUAAAAUAAAA